GCGUCUUUGCCACACAACUUCUUCCCAGCACACCCUCUUUUCAACCGAUCCGCCGCGAUGACAAAGACCUACAUCAUAGCCCCCAACUUUUCAACCCAGCCAGACGCCCUGCGUCUCGGCGACAUUCUCAAGGAUCCGUUGGGAGGGGACCUGGACCCGCUCAACGGGGAGUGUCGGGUCGACAUUGACCCUAAGCACUUGAACGCUGUUAGCAUCGAUAGCAGUUUCUCAGCCACACGGAAGGCGCUGUUGAGCGGGCGUUUUGGGCUCUGGUCAACCUUCUUAGCCACAAUCGGGAUGCCCGUUGGUGUUGACGUUGGCCUCUUCCUCGAGCGCAACUCGACGGAUAUCAUCAAGGCUGACAUCCUUGAGACGCACACAUUCAGGGUCACCGACAAGUACGUCAAUGACGUUGUCCAAAGCCCCAAUGUCAAGGCCUACCUCGAAUGCCGCAAGUAUGAGAAGCCCAUCUACAUGGUCACGGGCCUGAAGGUCACAAAGGGUGCGUCGGUCAACGUGGAACGAGAUACCACCGCAGACGUCAAGGUCGGGCCACAUGGCCCCGUAAAUGUUCAUCCCAUCUUCCAAUGCAUUCGGAAGCUCAGCGAAAAUAUCUCUUUCGAUUCUCAAACACCUUUCAUCCUCGCCUUUCGCGUCCGACGCAUCACCUUUGUUCAGCAGAAGCCAACCCACAAGCUCUCUCUAAAGGCUGCAACCAUGCUGGAUGGCGACGGGGAAUCCAGUGACGAGCCACAGCCAAUUCAGGGAGACGACAUGUCGUAUGCCGAGGUCAAAGAGGUUGCUAAAAUAUCCCGUGUCAAUUUCCUUGUCGCCAAAGAUGAGGAAGAGGAGGAUGAGGAGGAGGGGGUGGAGUGGAUUGUGAUGAAUGGCAAGUCGCCAUCCAGCCAGUAAAGAUUGCUGUCUGAAUCUGCCUUUCGGUUUUAAAGACUACUGUCUCAAGCGAUAGCAUCCUUCAGCACGGCUUUUUUCACUGACACGGGAUCCGUCUCCUU